AUGUCUUUCUUCCAUAUCCACUAUCAUGAUGAUUACCAGUUUUCUGGUCUGUUGGAGAAUAGGCGAGUCAUUAUCCGCAACACUGCGUUAGAGGCCUCAGAGUAUAUUGCGGACUAUAUCAUCAGUCGCAUCAAGUCAUUUCGACCAACUGAAAAUCAGCCAUUCGUACUUGGCCUGCCAACGGGUAGCAGUCCAGAGAUCAUCUACAAGACCCUGGUACGCCGACACAAGAAAGGUGAGAUAUCCUUCAAACAUGUCAUAACCUUCAACAUGGACGAAUAUGUCGGGUUGCCUCGUGAUCAUCCAGAGUCAUACCACAGCUUUAUGUAUAAGCAUUUCUUCUCCCAUGUGGAUAUCCCGCCCCAGAAUGUCAACAUUCUCGACGGUAACGCUCCGGAUCUCGCAGCCGAGUGUGCCUCAUUUGAAGCCCGCAUCGCUCGGUUUGGGGGCAUCGAACUCUUUCUUGGUGGCGUGGGCCCUGAUGGGCAUAUUGCCUUCAACGAGCCAGGCUCCUCGCUGAGCAGUCGUACGCGGGUCAAAACACUGGCGUAUGACACGAUCUUGGCCAAUUCACGGUUUUUCGACAAUGAUGUCGAUCAGGUACCCCGACAUGCACUGACUGUUGGCAUCCAAACUAUUAUGGAAGCACGAGAGGUGGUAAUUGUGGCCACCGGUGCUCACAAGGCUCUCGCACUGGAGAAAGGUCUGGAAGGAGGCGUGAAUCAUAUGUGGACGCUCUCAGCUCUACAACUGCAUCCACACCCAUUAAUUGUCUGUGAUCGGGACGCGACCCUGGAAUUGAAGGUUAAAACAGUACGUUACUUCGAGUCUAUCGAGCAGUCUGGUACAGAUGCGCGCACCCAAGGCCCACCUCUUGCCUAUAGACCCCGGACGUACGUUCCGGCUCCAAUCGGUCUCAGCAAGACUCACCAGGAGCUCACGCCGCAAACAACUCCUCAAAAAGUCCCCAAGGAUCUGAGAAUCAAUACGGAGCUGAGUCGGUCGAUGGAAGACGAUGAAUUAACACCUGAUAGCAUGUCAUCACGGAUGGCUGACUCAGCGAUCGGUGGUUUAGAUUCGGCAUUAAAAGGGGACAUGCUCUUUGAUCGCAUGGGAGCAAGGGUCAUUUCCCACUGAUUACGAGGUCUACGAAUCGGACAAAGCUAUAUUUGCCCUUGUCUCAUCCGGAAGUUGCUGGGGAUGAAUUUGGAACCGGCCGGUCAUGGAAGACCGAAUUUACUAUCUCGCUUGACACCACUACUCAUUCAAUUUUGUGCUUUCGAUGCGUGGUUCCUUGAAGAACCGAACUCAACAGGAAGGUUGUUUUUAUAACGUAGGACAGGUAUGAGAAGACUAGUUGGCUUAACAGUAGAGAUUGACUGUGAUCUGAUUUCUUUGACAUAAAAAUCAUAUGAGUGCGUCAUUUGCAAGCAGUUCAUUGGUUGGAGCGACUAAUUACGAAUACUCAUACAAGUUAGAAGUACAUACACAUUCAAAUAUUGU